AUGGCCUUCCCUCCUCACGCUGGCGGCAGCGGCGCUCCCCAAGUGACUCCGGCAAUCCUCAAUGAGAGUAAUACCCCUACGCCGCCAGGAGUACGACCAACCUUGCCUCAUAGGGGCGUGACGAGCGAAACCAUCGAUGAUGCAUACGUGAGCUUCAUCCUCUAUUGCAACCCGGCAGUGCCCAUGGACGUAGAUGAUGCUGGGCUGAGGGAAGCGUUCCGGACACCCCCGAAGAGUGAGGGCAAAAGCUUCAGCACAUUCACCCUCUUCGAACUCAUCAUGAAACUGCAUCACAAAGAAAUCAAAACUUGGGCCGAACUAGCCCUGAGGUUAGGUGUCGAGCCGCCGGACCAGGACAAGGGCCAAAGCUCCCAAAAGAUCCAGCAAUAUGCCGUUCGAUUGAAGCGAUGGAUGCAUUCAAUGCACGUCGAUGCUUUCUUUGAUUAUCUGCUGAAUAAUUUCCACCCGUAUUGGACAAACAUUCCAACGAAUCCAAAUCCUGUCUGUGGAGAUGGUCGUGAUGGAGUUGCUGCUGAGGACGAUAUGGCUCUACGGGCCUUGUUGCCUCAUAUCCGGCCCCGUAGAGGUCGGAAGCGUCCGGAAGAGGAUGGGCUAAACAAAUCACCAUCACAAAGACCAAGGCUCGGGUCUCUGGUAUCCAAUGGAGAUGUCCGCCAGUCUCGACCAGACACUCUCGAACCGUGGACAGCUCAUCCUGACGCCAGGCUUUCUUAUGCCUAUUCACCCAUCGAUCCGAGAUCUAGUGUACUACCAACACCUGAGUCGGCAUUCCCUUGGCAUCGCGAUAUCCCUCGAGGACACACGUCGGCAUACCCACAGUCUGCCAUUACACCUUCUACGAGAGGAGCCUUCUGGCCAGACCUUACUGAACCCCUAUCCGCCAUCAGUCCACCUAAAAACAGACUCCACGGUCGCCGUCAUGGUGCCAAGGCGGUGUCGUCUGCUUGGAGAAAUAGUAACGGUUCCGCGAGCGGCAAAGCUCGCGGAAGACCCCCAAUCAACCGCAUCACCGAGAGUCCGCUUUCAGCGUAUCCGCAUGACACGAUGGGAUUUCAAGUUAUUGAUCCGGAGCAAAUUCCCCGUUCGACCGCAACACCGCAAUUGACAUAUCCGCAAGAGCCGGCCCCAGAAUCAGAGCCAGUGGCAAGGAUAUCCGAGCCCACGUCUGCACAGAGUACACGGCCAUCUCGGCCGGGUCGGCUCUCUCUCCAAGUACCUGAAAGAGCUGGUGGGCCUGUGCGACUGGCGACACCGCCACCUCCAGUUGUCAUGGUGAAUGGAAAGCACACGACCAACGAGACGAACGAUGAGGCUCUCAACGACACCGCCCACGGCACCACCAACGGGACUAGAAACGAGGCUCUCAACGUCAGUGCCCACGACACCACCAACGGGACCAGCGUCGAGAAUGCUACCACAGAGGGAGGAUACCCCACGAAGAACGAGUUCAAAGAUUACACUGAUCGAAGUACGGCACUCUUUGUUGGACACAAUGGCAACCCUCAGCCGAAGACGGGGGUUAAUAUUCAUGAUGAAGAUAAGACCAAUCACGCCGUGAUCGAAGCUCUUUUCGUUGCGGUACUGCUCGAGACUCAGUGGUAUGACAAGAACGGAGUGGCUUGCCCACCUGGCGGCAUCGAUGAGAUGUUGGCCUUGGGCAAGACCAUGAUACAGGAUAUAGCGGAUAGAGCCCUGACCAAAGAAGCCUUCUUGAUCAACGUAUCAGCACUCGCCGGCGGGUCCUUCAUGUACAGGAGCUCAACACGGACAGUGAAGCUAGAGGAGAUCGGUCCCGACUACACCAAGUAUCUUAUUACUUGGAACCUGAGAUACGGCAGUAUCAUUGGCGACUUCACGAUGACGCAGGUGGUUCCCCACUCCCUCUGGAAGAAGGGUCACCAGAAGCCGGAGGAACCGCUAUCCAACAAGCAGGUGCCGACAGAACCGGCGGCCGCUGCCGCGUACUGGCAGAAGAAGUAUGGCGAGCUCGUCUCCAGGUCGAAACUGGGGCUCGUCAACCAAGGUGGUCUGAAGAAAACCGCGAUACAGCUUAUCAAGGAGAUAGUGGACACCGAGUCCCUUGCUCAUGACGAGUAG